UGGAACUGCAUGUCAAACAAGCCAUGGCUACCCAGAAAUCCACUGAUAAUGCUGAAAAUAAGAUCAGCAUCCUGGAGGUUGACACUUGUGUGAAAAGUGGAAAGCAGCAUGCUGCAGAGUUAGGGGUGAAUGUUGAAGAUUUUCUUCUUCCACGGACUCUGACACAGAGAUUAGCUAAAGGAGCCUUGCCGCCCAAUACUUCCAUCCAAAAAGAUGCAUUGCUGGCAAUCACAAAGGCAGCAACAGUCUUUGUAUCAUAUCUUUCUUCCAAUGCGAAUGAGGAAACAGAAAAGAAAACAAUCACCCCACAAGAUGUCCUAUCUGCACUGAAAGAAAUUGAAUUUGACUCAUUCCGUCCCCAGCUGGAACAAGAAUUGGUUAUCUAUAUGGAAACCGCUGUGCAGAAGCGACAAAGUAAGAAUGAGAAGAAAAGCCAAGGAAAUGCAUCAGCUAAGGAGAAAGCUUGUGUUAAUGAUGGCAACAAGGAGCCAAUUAUCAAGCGACAGAAGAGGGACAAUGAGCAACACACACCAGAGACAGGCCACCACAGACAUGUCAAGAAUUCAGAGGUAACUUAUUCUUUACAGGCAUGCGGGAUCAUGCCAUACAACGAGGAAGGCGGGCUGCACACAGAUGAUACUGAAGAGGAUGAUGCUGAAGAAGAAGAGGAGGAGGAGGAGGAAGAGGAAGAGGAGGAUGAUGAUGACGAUGAUGAUGAUGAUGGUGACGAUGAUGAUAGCGACACUCAAAUGGCUGGCGUGGCAGAAAAACAAGUGAAUGAUGAUGGUAACGAUGCAACCGAAGAGCAGGAACUUUCUGAAGAUAGCAAGAGUGAUAUGGUGAGGAAGAAACACUUCAACCUAGAUUCUGGGAUAGACAGUGAGAGCGAUUGAUAUUGGUAUUUCUUAUUCUUUUUCCUUGGGUUGGCUUAUGGCAAUCGGGUUGGCUGGAUUGGUCAGUAUGUCAUGAAUAUAUAACAUACACACAUUGUAUUCAGCCCAUACUACUUCUACCCUUUUUUACCUGUGUUGCGGCCUGAGCUUGUCGCUAGAACUGGAACUAGCUGAUUUCAGCGCCUAUAUCUAACAAGGUGUACAUCUCUACACCAGAAGGCACCACCGGAUGAUGCCGCCCCUUACAGGUAUGGGGGGUUUAACAAUUUGGCCUGGAUGAUAUUGGCAAAAGGCUAUUAUAUCAUAAGACUAGCAUU